CGUCCGUGAAGCUCAUUCUGUGGUCUAUGCCUUACAUUGAUGUUAUAUUUGUAGUAUAAUGUUUGGCUAUUUUUAGGCAAAUUGCUUGAUGAUUAACAAUUAAGGCGCUUGUGUUGAUUAUACGCAUUUCUCAAUAAUCGUUUGGAUAAAAGCUUGUGACGUUCAAAGGGAUUUUAUUUGCAGAAAAUAUAUGUCUCUGUGGACAACAAGGAGUAACUUUUGGGGAUGUCUUCGAUGCUUUUAGUUAACCACAUAAUUGCCACCGCUUGGAAACUGAAGUGGGGAGCACCGAACAGUGGCAUAUGCCACAGGCUUUCUCUACUGUGGCACAGGCGACAAUUAGGAUGGCCGUGUGUUUUAUUAGCUGGUAAGAAAGACCUCAUUGACCUUCCAGUAUUAAACGAGGAAGACCUUGAUGAACAGUUUGUUCGGGGAUCUGGCCCUGGUGGACAAGCCACCAACAAAACCAGCAACUGCGUGGUACUCAAACAUACCCCGACAGGUAUCGUCGUAAAGUGUCACCAGACCAGAUCUGUGGAUUUGAACAGAAAGCGGGCACGAGAGAUUUUACGCCAGAAACUGGACAUUGCAUAUAAGGGCGAGGAAAGUGAGCUGCUGAAACAGAAAAAGGAGACCAUACAUAGAAAACAGGACAAAAGGAGAAAAGUAAAUCAAAACAUUGAAAAAAAGAGACUAUUCAAGGAUAUGCUUUACUCAGACCAAGGAGAUAAGAAAUGCUGAAGUGCAAACAAGUUAUUUUUUUAAACAAAGUUAACAAGUAUUGCAGAUGAUAGUUAAGAAGUUUACUGUUAUAGCAUAACUUUAGGCCUGUUUAUCAUGUAUACAAUGUGGUGUUCACAAAGGGGACUGUAUUAUGGUUUAGAAACCUAGAUACAGUAUUUGGCUCUGCAAAAUGUUACAAAGUAUCAACUAAAUUAAACGUACUCAUUGAGCAAAAUUUUACCAAUAGUUUUGCUAAUCAGUUACUUUGCCAAAUGCAUAAAUGUAUUAAUGGUAUCUCAUACAUUACAGAUACAGUUGCUCUUAUCCAAAGCGACUUACAGUGCACUUAUUAUAGGGACAAUCCCCCCCGGAGCAAUCUGGAGUUAAGUGCCUUGCUCAAGGACAAUGGCCGUAGGGAUCGAACCAGCAACCUUCUGAUUAACAGUUAUGUGCUUUAGCCCACUACGCCACCGCCACUCCUUGUAAUAUGACACUAUGUUAAAAUGUGAAAAUAUUUUAUCAAACUUGUUAAUAAACAAAUAAAAAAACAUCAGCACCUUACUGUUCUCAAUUUUACUCUUUAUGAUUUUUUUUCCUGAAAUGUUUUCUUCUCAAAUUGGUUGGUGCCAAAGAAUUAUUAUAUAAUAUAACUACAUUUUCACUUAUUCAGCCAAGUAGAUGUACAUUUUAAAAAAUGUUACAUGCUAUUCUGGAGCCACCAGGGUUUUCUGAGUUGAGUGUUUUACUGACAGUUAAGUGUGUUUUAAAUUAGUAUUUCACAGCCACUGUUUCACAAGAUUGUAAGGUGUGCUGUGGAAAAUUAUCAGAUUCCACUAAAUAAAUCGGGGCUCUGGACUGAGACCAAAUUGUCAACCAUUUUUCCUAACAGUGCGAUUAAACUUUGCAAGAGGUCGCAUUAGUGCGACUACAAAAUUGGCUGUCUCUCUGAUUGUGCUCUGUCGUUUUUUGUUCCGUAUGAGAAUGAUCAAACAUUCCAAACACAAAAGGAAACUGCUUUACCCAGAUCAGUCAGCGCUGCUCAAUGGACUGAUCAGUGCAGAGACGUGCAUUUACACAUGGACCGGUCUCGAGUGCACAGCCAUGCAGAUAUUCAUAAACUGAGCUGAGAGAAGCACGGGCUGGGUCAUGAAUUCGGCAUUGAUUAUUUGUUUAAAACAUCUAUGAAAGCCUAUAAUGUGUCGAUGAUUAAACCAGCUUAGAAUUGUAUUAAACAGCCCCAACAUUCUAAACCGCAUUGAAAAGGAAAAGGAG